AUGCGACCACCACGUUUGAUUGCUGUCGUCUUCUGCCUCAUCUUUCUCCCCAUCAUCCUCACCUUCUUUUCUGCUUUAACCUCCUCGCCUAGGGUGUCCACCCCCGAUUCACUCGCUGGUCGAGCGACGGGUCUACACGCCCUCUUCUCCUUCAACAUCCCCUCAUCCCUGUUCCCGCCGUCCGCCAUCAUCAGCCUCACCGAUGACAACUCCACCUUUUUCCUGGCCCGACCUGCUGCGUUUGGCCCUCUGCUGCCGGAUAAGGGACUUAGCGGGCAACUCUGGAUUGGCAGUGGCUUUGGGGAACGAACAACCGCUGGAGCGGAAGGAGAGCUAGGAUGCUCCGAUAUCCCGGGUUGGGGCGAGGGAGAUGGUCCGAAGUCAGGCGGAGGUGCAGAUACUACAACUGGGAAGUCGGGGUCUACUCCUGGAAACGAGCCGACCGUGCCACAAAGCCAUCGCCAAGCGAUUCCCCAACCGGAUAUCGACCUGCAGCAUGACUCUGGUACCAAAGUAGCACCCCCGGUGACAAAUGACGGCACGGAUGACCAUCUCCACCACCCGCUGCCCGAGUCAGAAGUGUCGGACUCAGGCGCCAUGGACAAGCACGGGGAACCCUCUUCGAACCGACAAGCUGCCCAUGCUGACAUCCAGUCUUUGCAAGAAAGCGCCGAGAUCGACGGCAAAGUCGUCCUUCUGAGUAGGGGCGGCUGCGGCUUCUUGGAGAAGGUCAAGUGGGUCCAGCGGCGUGGAGGAAUUGCUUUGAUUGUGGGGGAUGACACCCGAGGAGGCAGCCUCGUCACGAUGUAUGCACGGGGUGAUACAUCCAACGUGACGAUCCCCGCCCUCUUCACAUCUCAUACUACGGCACAUCUGCUGUCAUCCUUAGUCCCCCCGCAAGGGGAGGACUCGGCCGCAGACGAUGGAUCAGGAACACACACUAAAAUCUUCACUCACGGCAGUGCCGGGAAACAACGCAUGGACGCUACGGCGACUACCUCUGCCACCGCGUCGCCAACUUCAAGUCACAAAGCAGUAGUUCAUGAUAGUGCGGUGCCCCCAAAGCAGAAGUCUGGGCUCUUCCACGCUCUUCUGUCAUUGUUUGGUCUCAGCAACCAUGGGGGACCCGUCUGGUAUCCACCGGAGGACAGCCGUCGCCCGCCAAGCAGCGGAAACAUCAAUUGGAUUCUAUUAGAUCGCUGGGACGAACAGGAGCCAUCACAGGACGAGACCGAGCGAAAGACUUCCCGAACGAAAACCGAUGGUGUUGCCGAAGACCUCAAAAAGUCAGGUACCUCGUCGAGCAGUACAGACGGUGAUGGAUUUGUCAUUGGUGUGCAGGACUGGAGAGAUCCGGACCUAGUAGUUCCGAAGGGCAGCAUCCUUCCAUCUCCUACCAGUACCACCGACGCCGCCGGGAAUAAGGUGCAUACCGGCGUCAAGGGCUCGCACCCCACUCCCGCGACCUUGAAGGGUGGCAGCAUCACCCCUGGAAGUGGCGAGUAUCGCACGGUCGAGAAGUCUAGCGUUGAAAAAGAGUCGAAGAUGGAGUACUCCGGCCACAAGUCCGUGUAUGAUGUGAAACCAGGAUCCUCUUCCCAGCGCAACGGUUGGUUUGCCAGGCAUUUCUUCUGGGCCACGGACAAACCAGGUCCCAGCCCAAGUUCUAGCGCCCAUGGGCCAAUCACUCCCAUGGACCAGAAACUGCAUGAUGCGACAACUCAGAACGGCCAGGGUGUGAAUGCGGCUGAACACGACGGCUUGUGGGUCACUCUCACGCCCACGAGCAUGUCGACCAGUCCUUUCUUCGAUACCCUCCUCGUUCUGGUUGUCAGCCCGUUGCUCACGCUGACCGUUGUCUACGUCCUGUUGUUGCUGCGGUCUCGUAUCCGGCGCAGACGGUGGCGCGCUCCAAAGUCCCUCGUCGAUCGCCUCCCAGUGCGAACUUAUCAUACUAUUGCGAGGUCGACCUCUUCCUCGGAAACAAGCUCGCCACGAUCUGUUAGCCCUGGCCCAGUGUCGCCAACCUCGCCAUUGUUGGGUGCGAAGAGCCGUUCAGGAGCCCAGCUGUCUCGGUCGCAGCGAGAGUCACAUGUCUCGAAUGCGAGUGCAUCCAGAAUGUCGUCAUCAAGGAAGGGCAAAUCGGGAUCCACUCUGUGGCGCCGGAAAUACACCGGCCGGCAAGUGGAAUGCGUUGUGUGCCUGGAGGAAUAUGUGGAUGGGCAGAGCAGGGUGAUGAGUUUGCCCUGCGGCCACGAGUUCCACGCGGAGUGCAUCACGCCUUGGCUGACAACCCGCCGGCGAACUUGUCCCAUCUGUAAAGGCGACGUGGUUCGGUCAAUGUCGCAGAACAAAGCGGCGGAGGCUCACGAGUCGGCAGAGCCGAUGAACGAGGAAGAAUACCACCCUGAUGCAGAUUCUCAGCAUAGUUCAUCCUCAGCGCCGGUGCCGAUUAGCGGAGUGAGCGAAGACGAGACCUCGGAUCUCGAGCGGCAUGCUGGCUCUGAAGCAGGUCUUCUCGAGGGACAAGCAUCCUCGGCACCGCCGAGUUGGAGGAACUUUGCCGCACUGAGCUACUCUGCUCUUAGUGGCGAUACGAUCUGGCAUCAGGCGCAGACGGACGGCAGCCGGUGA